AUGACGAUUAUGCGUGCGUCCGAAGAGGGGCUUAUAGGAGAAUUCAGCUCGCAGGGUGCCGGAUUUGCGAGGCUGGUGGAUGAAUUACUGGAGACAUGGCAUGUUCCUGGUGCAUCUGUUGCCGUCAUUGACAGACAAAGUACAUUCACGAAAGGCUUCGGGAUGGCCGAGCUACCAUCGACUCCCUUCUCAGCGGAGACCUUGUCGUAUGCUGGGAGCACCACCAAGGCCCACGUCGCCGCUCUCUUCGCCCUUUUAAUUGAGAGCGGGAGAUACAAAGACGAUCAAGACCGGCGUCUCUCCUGGCGCACCCCGAUUUCCUCGCUCAUCAGAGAAGACUUUGUGCUACAGGACGAAUGGGCGACGGCUCAUCUUACCCUCGAAGAUGCGCUGUGCCAUCGAACAGGUAUACCGAAGCACGAUGCUGCGUACCUUCGCUACGUACGCCCAGACGGAUUUGACGGGCCUAGGAGGCUCAUUAGUUUGCGGGAGAUGGUGCGAAACCUCCGACACCUCCCUAUGGCAAAUGAGCCUCGCACAGCCUAUUGCUAUAGCAAUCUGAUGUUUGCAACGCUUUCCCAUGUUGCCGAGACCUUGACCGGCCAAUGGCUGGGUGAUGCACUACGGACCUGGCUCUGGGCGCCGCUCGGCAUGAACAACACCUAUCUUUCCCUGGAACAAGCCCUGUCCUCGCGCACCCAUGUGGCGAAGGGUUAUUACUGGGAUGCUGACAAGCAGGAGUACACGGCAUUUGAGCGUAUGCCUACCGAAGAAGUAACCGGCUCUGGCGCAGUGAUCACGUCGGCGGCCGACUGUGCAAAGUGGAUUCGAUUCUGGCUUUACAAGCAGAGCCCACUGACGAAAGCUGCACAUGAGAAUAUACGACACCCUCGCAUCGUCAUUGGGGAGGGCUACAGCUCGACGCCGUACGACGUGCCGCUUAUGUAUGCCAAAGGGUGGCAGACGUCGUCGUAUCGGGGCCAUCGCUUCUGGACGCACCAUGGAGGAAUGGAUGCGUUUGGAGCGCUCGUCACUUUCUUCCCCGACUUGGAACUGGGUGUGGCCGUUAUGGGGAAUACGGCCUUCACAGCGAAUGCGGUCGCAGAAAUAUCGACCUGGUAUCUUGUCGAUGCCAGACUGGGCGUGCCUCCACUCGACCGGUUUAAUUGGACUAAGAAGUGGGAGGGUGCCGUACAACAGAUUAAAGAUAAUGUCCGAGACGGCCUCGACAAAGUGUAUCCUUUACGCCCAACCAGAACGAUUCCCCCAUCGCUUCCCCUUGGAAAAUAUGCCGGGCUCUACUAUCAUCCCGGGUAUAAAUUCCUGGAUGUGAAGACUGUUGAGGCCAGUCCAGUACGCCCCAGCAUCAGACAUGAUGCGCAACUCGUCACAGAACAACCGGAUGGGAACUUUCGAAUUAAAGGCGAUUUUGUCCACGUUUCGGGCGAGAACUGGAUCAUGUACGUCGAUCUGGUUGACGCCCCCACACUCACAGUGCACGACUUUGCUGCCGUGCAAUUUCGGCGGGGGUAG